UGGACAUUGUUAUCAUUUGAGAGAGACUUUGAAGAAAGAAGAAGCAGAUCAAAACAAAUUACAACCACGGUGAACUAAAACCCUUCCGGGCAUAAAUCUUGGGUUAAAUCUUUGCUUCACCGGGAAAGUAUCUUAGAAAUUGUAUCUCUGGAUGAUGAAGACGAGAUUUCUGGAUUGGUAUUUGAAGAUCGCGAUUGGAUCGGCCAUUAUCGGCGGAGGCAUGGAAUUCUUCAUGAUCAAGACUGGUUUCUACGACAAGGUUACUGUAAUAGAAGCAGAGAGACGGGCGUUGGAAAAUUCUCCUGAAGCUCAAGCCAUGAGAGAAGCUCUUAAUCCUUGGAGGAACAAGGACGCAGAAACAAGCAAAACCCCAUAAAUCAAUCAAGGAGCUCUUUAAUUCUCGUUAGGUUCAUUUCACUCUCAAAACUUUUGCAAAUGCUGCUUCAGUUUCUUUCUGUUUGAGACUUCAAAAUUUCAUUUUUGCCAAAUGCUAAGUGCAGCAUCUCCUGACCAUAUACUUACAUGUUACCAAGAUAGGAGAUGCUUAUAUAUUAAGGUCAAACCAUAAAAGAUUCUUAAGUCUUGUGUAUGCACAAGUUAUAUAUCUAAAAGAAUACAAGACUAGUUUUGAAAUU